AUGUCUCGUUUCUUCUCUCAAGAGUCUCUCACUUUCUCACAAUCGCAACUGAAUGCGGGCGUUGUUGUUCCUCUUGUCAAGUUCUCAUGCUCUUUGACCCAUCAAGGUGAUACCACAGGUGCUCAAUGGACUCAUUACUCGAGAAGUGAUCUUGAACUUGUGAUUCAAGAGGUGCAAGUUAGUAGUUCAGUGAAUGAAAAGCACUUAUUGAUGAAAGUGGUGGCAGGCGCUGAGUAUCUGGUAUGUGAUAAAUCUUCGUGCAAGGCUUUCAAUGUUGUAACACCUUUCAAGGAAGAACAAAACUUGAACGAUAUCGUGAGGGUUUACAAGAAUUUCGUUUUGUCUCCAGGUAGCGAGAUUCCAGUGAAAGUAGUGGUUAAACCUCCACUUCUCGCACUGCGUUACCCAAAGCUCAAUGAUGUACGUAGGUUGCAAUUCAGGUUUCGUGGUGACUCAGACUUCAAUCAGAUUCUCCAUAUCUUGAUAAACUUGGGUUUGACUGCAACAGAAAGUUUGUCGUCAGGGCCUGUCUUGCAAUCCCGCCCACCAACUGCAGACUCGACGUCUUCUGGAAUAUCUAAUGGUCAUUCUUCAGCUGUAGGCUAUCUUCCUUUAACUCCAAGCAGCGAAUUCAAAGUUCCCAUGCGGCCAGAUUCAGCUAGUUCUAUACUUCAGAGACCGAGUAGCUCGUAUAAUACCCAAUCCGAUGAUCACCUCUACAUCAGACCACAAUCUGCCAUGUCCAUAUCUUCAUUUAUGCCUCAGUCCAAGCCAUCUGCAGAGCCACUCAAUAGAGCACAAUCAUUAUAUAUUUCUCAGUUUGAGCGAGAGCAACGACAAAUUCAGUCCUCAAACUCUGUACUGAAUACCUCCGAUGAGGUGCCUGCAGGUGGUAAUUCAUAUGUGAAUCGAAUGAUGUUGCCAAAGCCAGAAGAAUCCCAACGUCGGUUCUCUGCCUCACCUUUCUUCGAACCUUUCUUCGAAACACAAAGGAAGCAUUGUCUACCCGAUAGAUUGACUUCGUUCUCUUCGGUCAAUGAUCCACAUAAUUCAGGCAACAAAACACAUGAAACGGCACUAGAUUCCUUGAGUCCCGUCGGAGAAUGUUCAUUGCCUCGUUCCACUGAGUAUACUUUCUUCGGUGCACCAGGAAAACGCCCAAUAUCUCUUCCAGCCGAGAAUGAUAUUUGCCUGGGCCUUCCUAUACCACCAAAGCGACAAUUACCAUUUGCGACUGUGAAAGAUCCUUUAAGAUCCAAAUCUGUGUUCGUGGCCGACACUAGUAGACCAGUUCAAGUUGCACAACAGCGAAAGCGACCGCUUGAAGAGUUCGUUGGGGGAAACCUGUCAAAUGGGAGUAUCGCGCCUGCUAAAAAGCCAGCAAAGAGACGUGUUGCAAGUCGCAAGGGUACUGCACACCUACCAGAAACUAAUGGCCUAUUAAGUAGAACUUUUCCUUCAAAAGACAGUUCAGCAAGUGGCACCCUUGACAUCCCAAUGAAGACGGCAAAAUUGCCUCCUCUUGAAGCCAAGAGCAUUACAACACCAAUCGCAUCAGAUACAACGUCAUCAAAACUGCAAGCAGAAAGAAUCAAGACUAGACAGCAGUCUGUACCAACACUCGCAAUUCCCAUGACUCUAAAAAUGGUGGAUAGAUCUACUCAAACUCAGACUCUUUCAGGUCGAGACCACACAGCGGCUCUCAAACCUGCUUCCGAUAUUCCUGUCGUAAACCUUCAGUCAACACGACCGACAGCUUCUGUAUUACAGGAUGAUUUGGAUCUCGUUGUUUCAAGAUACAAUAUGGGCUCGCGGGUAAUUCUGCCGCCAAAUUACAACAAACUCCCCAAUGACGAACGGCAUAAAAUGCUCAACGAUUUUAUCAUCAAAAAUUUAGAGAAUGAUGACUUUCUCAAGUUAGCGGAGGAUAUGGAUGUUUCUUGGCGUAGGGUAGGUCUUACAAGAUAG